AUGGAACCUGUGGCCGUAGAGGCAGACUCAACACCGGUUUCCGCCUUGCGGGUACCGCCGCUCACCAACCUGUCUCAAGUCAGCCGGGGCUCCCGAAUCCGUUCGGUGACCCCAACCAACAGUGCCAAGUCCGAGGGCGGACUGCAGAACGCCCUCAUGGGCGUGGAAGAGAGGCUCAGCGCCCAGAUCGCACGGGUUCAACAACAGGGCGAUCGCCUUCGCGAAGUGGCCUUGAGCCGCAUGGAUGCCAAGGUUUCUACGGUGGAAGCCUUGCAGCCCAAGUUCGACCGUCGAAUGGCGGAGCUCUCGGGCAGUGUCAAAGGCCUUAGUGAUGAGAUGCAGUCGCAGUUGCGACGCGUGGAUCAGAUUGACACGAAGCUCUGGGAUUGGCGUCACCAGAUCGAGGAAGAGCUCCGAGUGCGUUUGGUGGAGGUGGAGCAGUCCUUGCAGCAGCUGGGCUCGGCACAUCGGGUGGCCAAGGCCGCAGCAGAAGACUCCGCAAAGAAGCUCAGCAUGCGGAUGCUUAGGCUCGAAGGUCUGGUUGAGGAGCACCACGCACAUGCCGAGGACACCAAUGGUAACUUGGCACAGCUGAAUGCUCGCUUGGAAGAGAUCGAGGAGAACCAUGGCUUGCAUCACGUGCAACAUGACGAUGCUAUCAACGCUCACAUGGAACAUACGAGAGCCCGGGAGGCAGAUUGGCAGGUGCUUCAGUCUGAGCUGGAGCAACGGUGCUUGGAGCAGAGCCUCACCACACAGGGCCUCUCAGUGAAGCUCGAAGCUAUGCAGCAGGAGUCCAGUGACCUUCGAGCUCGUCUUGAGAUUCAAGAAGAGAAGGGGCGUUCUCUUCGCACUCUUCAGGAAGCUAAAGAUGAGCAGCUCCGCUCUUUGGUGGACCGCGUGGAACGGGAGAAUCUCGAGGGCCGCUUACGGGGCCUGCAGCAGCGCAUUCAGGAGCUGGAAACUUCCGGAAUCACCACAGCUGAGCAGAUGCAAAUCCUUCAGCACAGCCUGGAGAGGCAAGAGCAAGAUGUUCAACAUUUGAGUCGCUUGCCCAGCCCCAGGUUGCCACAAGUUGAAGAGAAGGAGAAGGAGAGCUCUUUGCUGCAGGCACCUGUGCUACACUUGCAAAAUCGGGUGGAGAAGCUGGAAGCUCAUUUGCAGUCCGCCGUCACCGAGCUCAAAGCAGAGCUCCACGAGGCCUUGGAGUCGGAGCAGUCUUUGACUCCUCACGUGAGCGCUCUGGUGACCCAGCUGAAGGACAUCACGCCCAAGGUCAUCAGCCACGGACAGGACAUCCAAAGGAUCCAAAGCAAGGUCCUGGUCCUGGAAGCGCAGGCCAAGGAGAAGCCGAUGCUACCCGUGGAGCGCGUUCCCGCGCCCGUGAACCCGACAGAGGUUGAGGGCAAGAGGGAACAGGUAGAAGAGGUGGCAUUGAACUCGCCACAGGCAGAGACCGGAAGCUUGGACGAGGUAGAGAUGGGCUCACCCCAAAUGGCCCGUGCUGAAUGGCAGCUGCAGAAAGCGCAGAAAGCUGCACAACGCCGAGUUGGGGGUGAGGUCUAG